AUGACCCGGGUCAAGAAACGCUUUUUCAAAUCCCUGCUCCCAACCGCAAUCGGGGGUGGCGCGGGCGCCCGGGCGCGCGUCCCCCCACCGGUCCCCCGGCCGGCCGGAUCUGGCCGUUGUGGCUGGUAUGCCGACAUUACGAUUGUCCCGCCGGUUCAGUCCCUGCCAUCGGCCUCGCACCCGUCGGACUUGGCGGCCCUGCUCCACAAUCCGAAGUCGACGCACGUUCGAGCCCAGGCCCGCCGCGCCGAGCGGGCCACCUGGGCCAAGAUCGAGUCGAUCCGGGCAUGCCUCUUUGUCGAGCGCGUGCUGGACUCGCUGCUGCGCGGUGUGCGCGAGGCCUGGGUCGCGGCGGCCCUGCCGGCCCCGGCCCUCUCAUCUACUUCGGGCAUGACCCCCUCUCACCGGGCCGCCCUCAAGGGCCGUGCGCCCUUCCCCCUGCUGGAGCCUGGCCAUGGACACCACGAUCGGCCCCGGCGAUCAGCCCCCCGGCGCAUGAAGCAGGCCGCAUCGGUCCCCUCAUCGCCCCCGCAGGGGCGCGCCUUCGCGACCGGCCCUCGACCGAGCGACCCGGCUCGCGUGUCACCGCAUCGGCUGAACCCCGAUGUGGCCAUCCCCGGCGAGGGGCCGGCCAUGCGGCUGGCGGUGCCUGUGGCAGCCUCGAGGCCGAUGUCGGCGCUGGCGGCAGCCGCGGCCGCCGGGUCCUGGCACCCGAGGACCCUGAUCCGGAGGAACUCCCUCGACGCGCGGCCCACCACCCCCGGGGCCAUUGUGCCCUAUGGGACAGGCACCACGCCGCCGCUGAAGGGGCCCUCGCCGGCGCCCCGGGGGGCGUCCGCCUGGCUGGGCUCGCGCGCCGAGAGCCCGCCGCUGCGGUCCUACUGGCGUCCUCCCUCGCCGUCGGGCCGGCUGGCGGCCGAGUGCACCAUACAGGAGCUGACCCCGGGCGCGGAGCUGCUGCUUCUGCCCGAAGAGCCGGACCCCGAGUCCGGCCACCUCUCGGAGUUGGACACCGAGUCCUCGACCAGCGGCGGGGGCAACACCACCGACACUGCCGGCACCGGCCUACGGUCCUGA